GAAGCACGUUCUGUGCUACGCAUGCUCAGACCACUGAGGCAUUUAACUCUUUGCUUUGCCGCUGGGUUCUGAAAAUGUUAACCUGUCUUUGUCACCCUACUAGGUCUGCCGUGUUAUGGCGACCCCUCCUCCGCAGGUUUUAUCACACCGAGCGGGGUGUUUAUGGCUACAAACCGAAGAAGACUACAGGGAGCGGUGAGCAGCGAGGGAUCACACAGGAGAGUGAAACAGCCGGUGGCAAAGCAGUGGACCAUGGCCUUGCUCGCCUUGUUACAGCUUACCGUGAACACGGUCACAAAGCUGCAAAGAUUAACCCAUUGUUUGCUGGUCAAGCAGUGAUGGAUAUGGUUCCAGAAAUACAAGUGCUAACAGAAGUACUACAUGGACCUUUCAGCACUAUAGGUUUACUGAACAUAGGGAAGAAAGAAGCAUCUCUGGAAGACGUGUUGGCGUAUCUUGAUCACACAUACUGUGGGCAGAUUUCCAUUGAAACAAGCCAGUUACAGCAUUUGGAAGAGCGGGAAUGGUUUUCUAAAAGGUUUGAGGAGCUAAAACAUGAAACCUUUUCUACUGAAGAGAGAAAGCAGCUGGCCAAACUGAUGCUUGAAUGCCAGGCUUUUGACCAUUUUCUGGCUACAAAAUUUUCCACUGUAAAGCGUUAUGGAGGCGAAGGUGCAGAAAGUAUGAUGGGAUUCUUCCAUGAGAUGCUUAAAACUUGUGCUCUAAGCAGUGUCACCGAUAUAGUUAUAGGAAUGCCGCACAGAGGAAGACUUAACCUCCUUACUGGACUUCUCCAGUUUCCACCUGAGCUGAUGUUUCGAAAAAUGUCUGGCCUAAGUGAAUUCCCAGAGAACUCCCCAGCAAUAGGAGAUGUACUUUCCCAUUUGACUUCCUCUGUGAAUUUGGAUUUCGGCUCCCAUCAGCCUCUGCAUGUGACGAUGUUACCUAACCCUUCACAUUUGGAAGCCAUCAACCCAGUUGCUGUUGGCAAAGCUCGAGCAAAGCAACAGUCUUUAUGUGACGGCGAUUACUCAGCAGAAAGCGAUGCACAGCCGGGAGACAAAGUUAUCUGCCUUCAGGUUCAUGGUGAUGCUUCCUUUUCUGGCCAAGGAAUCGUUCCUGAAACAUUUACACUGUCAAAUCUGCCCCAUUAUAGAGUUGGCGGCAGUAUUCACCUUAUUGUGAAUAACCAGCUUGGGUACACUACUCCAGCCGACCGCGGCAGAUCCUCCUUGUACAGCAGUGAUGUUGGCAAAAUAAUCGGUUGUGCUGUAAUCCAUGUUAAUGGUGAUGACCCAGAAGAGGUAGUGAGAGCUACGCGACUAGCAGUUGAAUAUCAGAGACACUUUAGAAAAGAUGUCAUUGUAGAUUUACUAUGCUACCGGCAAUGGGGUCAUAAUGAACUUGAUGAGCCGACUUUUACAAAUCCUGGCAUGUACAAAAUCAUCCGGGCACGGAAAAGUAUUCCAGAUGUAUACGCUGAUCGUCUGAUAUCUGAAGGACUUAUGACAGAGGAAGAGACUUCUGACAUUAAGACAGUGUAUUAUUCCAAACUAAAUGACCACCUUGCCAAUAUGACACUCUACAGCCCUCCAUCCACUAACUUGCAGGCUCACUGGCAUGAAAUGGUUGAGCCGUCUGCUCGGAUCACCACGUGGGACACAGGUUUACCAGCUGAUCUUUUGAAGUUUAUUGGUGCCAAAACUGUGGAAGUUCCUGAGGAAAUCCAAAUGCACAGUCAUCUUUUGAAGAUGCAUGCUCAGUCUAGAGUCCAAAAGCUGCAAGAAGGAACCAAGUUAGACUGGGGCACAGCUGAGGCGUUGGCGUUUGGCUCCUUGCUUUGUCAAGGGUUUAACAUUCGGAUAAGUGGACAGGACGUAGGGCGUGGAACCUUUAGCCAGAGACACGCGAUGUUCGUUUGCCAGGAGACCAAUGACACAUGCAUUCCUCUGAACCAUAUGAUACCUGACCAGAAAGGUUUCUUGGAGGUAAGCAACAGUGCGCUGUCAGAGGAAGCUGUCCUUGGCUUUGAAUAUGGGAUGAGCAUUGAAAGUCCCAAUUUGCUGCCAAUUUGGGAAGCUCAGUUUGGAGAUUUCUUCAAUGGAGCACAGAUCAUAUUUGACACGUUUAUUUCUGGAGGUGAAGCCAAGUGGCUGUUACAGAGUGGGAUUGUGAUUCUUCUUCCGCACGGCUACGAUGGAGCAGGCCCAGAGCAUUCGUCUUGCCGACUUGAGCGCUUUCUACAGAUGUGUGACAGCAAAGAGGAAGGUAUAGAUGGAGAUACUGUCAAUAUGUUUGUAGUGCAUCCAACAACCCCAGCACAGUAUUUUCACUUACUGAGGCGACAGAUGAUCCGAAAUUUCAGAAAACCUCUCAUUGUGGCCUCUCCAAAAAUGCUGCUGAGAUAUCCGGCUGCAGUUUCAAGCUUUCAGGAUAUGGGACCAGGCAAAACAUUUAAACCUGUUAUUGGGGACACCUCUGCAGAUCCCAAAAGUGUAAAUAAAGUUGUUCUGUGUUCUGGCAAGCAUUACUAUGCUCUGGAGAAACAGAGAGAAACACUGGGGGAUGCUGGGAACAAAUUUGCAAUUAUCAGAAUUGAAGAACUUUGUCCAUUCCCAUUAUUGACGCUACAGCAAGAGAUGGGAAAAUAUCCAAAUGCCAAGGAUUUUAUCUGGAGCCAAGAAGAACCACAGAAUAUGGGUCCCUGGACUUUUAUUGCACCCAGGAUUGAAAAACAAUUGGGCUAUAAGUUGCGCCUUGCAAGCAGACCUGCGCUUCCUGCACCGGCUGUCGGCAUCGGAACUUUACACAAACAGCAGCAAGAGGAUAUAAUCAGGAGAACAUUUGCAUAAUGUUGAAUGUGUUAUAACAUUUUUUGUAUAAUUGUAUUGCUUUUAUUUUCCAGCUGUAAGAUGUCAGAUUUUUAGUCAAUUAAAGAUGUUCUUUCUAUUGUC